CUCAGCGGAUGAGCGCGGCCGGCAGGGUCACCGCCGUGCGCUGUCCUUGCGGACGCGGUGCGGACGCGGCAGAGCGGACGCGCGCUUGAGAGCGAACGGACGUGUUCUUCGGAGAUCGGCGGCCUAGGGCGUUUCAGUAUGUUGUGUCGGGCGGUGUGCAGCGCGGGCCGGAGGCUGGCCCCAGCGGCCAGUGCCUCGGGCUCCCGGCACAAGCAUAGCCUCCCUGACCUGCCUUACGACUAUGGCGCACUGGAGCCGCACAUCAACGCGCAGAUCAUGCAGCUACACCACAGCAAGCACCACGCGACCUACGUGAACAACCUGAACGCCACUGAGGAGAAGUACCACGAGGCCCUGGCCAAGGGAGAUGUUACGACUCAGGUUGCUCUUCAGCCUGCACUGAAGUUCAAUGGUGGGGGCCAUAUCAAUCACAGCAUCUUCUGGACAAACCUGAGCCCCAAUGGUGGUGGAGAACCCAAAGGAGAGUUGCUGGAGGCUAUCAAGCGAGACUUUGGGUCUUUCCAGAAGUUUAAGGAGAAGCUGACGGCUGUGUCUGUUGGAGUUCAAGGUUCAGGCUGGGGCUGGCUUGGCUUCAAUAAAGAGCAAGGCCGCUUACAGAUUGCUGCCUGCUCUAAUCAGGACCCACUGCAGGGAACCACAGGCCUCGUUCCACUGCUGGGGAUUGACGUGUGGGAGCAUGCCUAUUACCUUCAGUAUAAGAACGUCAGACCCGAUUAUCUGAAAGCUAUCUGGAAUGUCAUCAACUGGCAGAACGUCGCUGAAAGAUACGCAGCUUGCAAGAAGUAAAGCUUGUCACCUUACUGAGUAUGUCAGGCCCUCGAUGGCUGUUUUUGUAGUAAUAUAGAAUACUGCAGUAACUAUGACUGCUUAUUGUAACAUUUAUUGAUGUCUAUCCACAUAUUUGAUGAACAUGUUAUGACAAUUUCUUAUUUUUAAUUAAAUUUAUUAGGCAACUGUUUGAGAACAGUAUAUACUCUGUGUGAAUUGCUCUUGAUUGACAUUUUCAUUAAAGCCUUGUUGCUAGGAUGCUAUAACUGUCAUUAUAGACCAUCAGAAAUAUUCCUUCUCUAUGUUUGGGGUCCAUGGGAGAGUCUGGAAUCCUGUUCUACUACACUUAGAAAAAAAAUACUGAGUGUUUUUUUUUUUCUUUUUUCCCCCCUGAGUUGUUAAUAAAACAGAGAACUGAAUAGUUCCCUUUCCUAUUAAAAAUUCCCCAUUUUGGUAAGUAAUCCUCUGUUUAGAGGAUGUCACAUAGCUGUCUUUAUUUCUUUAUUCAUGGUCACAGUUUCCCAUUCAUUUGGAAUCUGUAACUUGAGGCUAAGGCUAUAGUUCAGUGGUAGAGCUUUCCUUGUCUGUGCGUUCAGGGCCCUGGGCUCUCCCUCAGUACUGAAAACAAUCAUGGAUCCCAUAGCUUGGUCGCUGACUGAGAACUGUUACCAUGAGAGGAAGUGAUUGUACCUCUGGGGCUUUCUACAGGCAGAGAUGCAAAAACAAUGUUGUCUUUAAAACCAACUGUGUGGUGUAUGGAAGUGCUCGAGAUGGACAAAUUAGGGCCUGCCUGAUGAUGUCAGCCAUGGGGAUAGGCCACAGUGCAUUCUGGGAAGCCAUUCCGUCCCAUUAAUUGUAUAUCUCAGAACUAUACCCUGGGCCAGGUGGCACCUUUCUGAGUGAGGUCAGUAGGGUAUCUCCCUGAGAGCAUUAGUUUUUCAGAGAUAUUUAUUAUCAUUUCUUCUGUAGGUUGUUUCAAUUAUUUGUAGCCCCCAGAGGAGCUUUAUAUUGUUCAUAAAGGGAAGACCUUUCCACGACAAGGUGGCAGUGUUUCUGAUUGCAUUCCAGUGCAGUGUUUGCACGUGGAGUUGUGCGCUAUGCAGAUGACACAGGGACGCUUUGUGGAUUUUCACAUUUUGUUUCACCAUCUUCGAAAUUAUCUUGGUGACUGUGUAAUGUUUUAUUAGUUGGACCUGUCAUUUAGAGUUCUAUUACUGAAUAGUGUUUAGUUGUUGUUUAUUAUCAAAAAGACUGAGGCCAGCAGCCCCAUGCAUGCAGAUUUUACUUCUUAUUGGAGUAUUUUUACCCUAAGGUUUAUUUUGUUUUUAGCUAUGUAUGAUUGGGUAAGUGUGUUCACAUGAGUGCAGGUGCCCAUGGAGUCUAGAAGAGAUGGUUGGAUCCUUUGAGCCAGAGUAGUUACAGGUGACCUGGAGUCACUUGAUGUGGUUGCUGGGACUAGGAUCCUUUACAAGAGCAAUAAGGACUUACCCACUGAGCCAUCUCUCUGGCCCCUGGAAGUUUCUUUUUUCCAAGUUUUUAAAUUCUCCCCUCAAAUAUAUUUUCCUUAAGUGGAAAAAUGGAGUAACUUAGCAGUUUCAAUAUUGAAGACUGAAGUUAAAAAAAAAUACUUAAAUUCAUAGCACUUUUUAAGAGUUUGCUGUAGAGGCCAGUCAGGUGUUUGAUGUCAGUGCUGACCCAUUUCUGAUGGCUCUCUGUGUAUGUUUCUGCUUGUGCAUGGAAGGACUUAGAAGACUGAGUAGCGUCUAUUGUGUGGGGCAGUGGCAAGACUGAGCAAUGAGAGUCCCGUGGUUGCCACUAACCUUUGUUCAUGAGGCUGUGAACUCUUAUGCAGGCAUUUUGGGAAAGUACAACUUUGAUACAGUGACUUGAAUACAAGUCUGUCGGGUUGGAGUUGAUCUUACAGAUUUACAGAGACUUCUGACUUAUAUAACUUUGACUCCUGCUAAGCUUUCAGAUUAAAAACAAAAUUCAAUGUUGAAAUUUCUAUGAGGCUCUAUUUUUCUGUGACUUUCUGUUGGUGAGAAUGAGGAGUCAUGCUGUGUCCAUUAAGUUAAAGUCUUUCCUCAUGCAUAGAUUAUAAGAGACAAAGAGAAUUUACAAACUAAAGAAUUAAAUCUUCCAGUGUAAAAUGAGGCUUAGAUGAUUUAGCUCUGUCUU